UGAUCUUCAUUUUUAAUGCUUACGUUGAAAAUGACGAAGACAAAAUUAGUAAGCUUCACGGGAAUAGUAGUGAUUUUAGUGAUAGUAGGUGUAACGAUUGGUCUAGCUGCCCCUGCUACAUCUUCGGCUAGAAGAUUGACUGACCGUGGACCCGAUGAUUGUACACCUGUCAUUAUCGCUCAUCGAGGUGCAAGUGGCUACGUACCUGAACACACACUUGGCGCCUAUGCUCUCGCUAUACUAAUGGGAGCUGAUUACGUAGAGCCUGAUUUGGUUAUAACAAAAGACGGACAUCUAAUAGCAAGGCAUGAUAAUUCAUUAGGUUUAACUACAGAUGUUGCUAGUCAUCCAGAAUUCGCUCAUCGUCAUCGUUCUCAAGCAAUAGAUGGAAUCGAGCUUAGUGGUUGGUUCACUGAAGAUUUCACCUUAGACGAAAUCAAAACCUUAAGGACUGUUGAACGUAUACCUGAUAUAAGACCUGGAAAUGCUCGUCUGGAUGGCAGUUUUCAAAUACCGACAUUCCAAGAAAUAAUUGACCUAGUCAAAAGCAUGCAAAUAAGCCAACGCCGUACCAUCGGUAUUUAUCCUGAAAUAAAACACAGUAGUCACUUUAAAAAUAUAGGUUUGCCAAUGGAAGAACUCGUUGUCAAUACAUUUCAUAGCAACGGUUAUUUAGAUUCUAGUUCUCCUGUUUAUAUACAGUCAUUUGAAGUGAACAAUUUGAAAGAAUUGAAGAAAUUAACAAACCUUCGACUUUUGCAAUUGUAUGAGAGCGAUAAAUCAACUCAACCCGCUGAUCAAAUUUUGCUAAAUACAGGGCUUACGUAUUAUAACAUGUCUACGCCAGAAGGUUUAGCUGAGGUGGCAAAAUAUGCUGCGGCAGUCGGGCCAGACAAGGGCUAUAUAAUUCCACGUAAUGACGAUAAUACUCUUGGUGAUCCAACUACCUUUAUCCAAGAUGCUCAUGCUGUUAACUUAAAAGUUCAUCCUUACACUUUCCGUGCGGAAAACUCAUUUCUGCCCGAGGAAUAUAAAAGUGAUAAUCCAUCUGAAUCUGCUUCUGGUAAUUUAAAGGGUGAGUUGCAAAAAUUCAUUGAUGCUGGUAUCGAUGGUAUUUUUGUAGAUCAUCCAGACAUAGCUUUACGGUUACGUGGCCCAUGUUUAUAACAAUGGCAUUAAAUUUAGUGGAUAAUCGUAUUAUGUUAUUGCGACAAAAUUGUAAUGAAUUCAAAAUAAAGAUCUUUUAUAUACGUA